CUGAUCGUCCGUGAAUGGAUCACAGAGUCCCUCAGUUUCCUCCUCAGGUACGGGUUCCACCGCUACGAGUUCGCGGCCUGGGAGUCGUACGAGGACAAGAUGAUGAAGAAGAGGGACGAGGAGAUCCAGAAGCUCAAGGACGGCAGCGACAGGGAGAGCCUCACUGCAGAAGCAAUAGUGGCGGAUCUGAGGCAGGACAUCGCCGAGAAGAACGCGCAACUGGAAGCGGCGUACAAGGAGAUUGCGGCCUUGAAAGCAUCAGUCGGCGAGUGA